AUGGCGGCAAUCUCCUCCCUCCAACCAAACCCCAACACCAUCGCUUCCAAGCCGUGGCCGCCAUAUUUACUCCAGCCGCGCCGUCAGCUCCACAUAACUCCCCGGAGCUGGCGGCGAUAUCCUCCUAAUGGCGUUGGCGUCGUCAGGAAAUACCCCCUCGUCCGAGCUUACAUGGAGGAAUCCAACACCAUAUCCGGCUUCGUAAAUAAACUAAUCGGGUCGUUACCCGUGAUUGGGCUGGUGGCCCGGAUUUUCAGCGACGAAGGAGGUGUGGGCGGAGAUAUUGUGGAUUUCGCCGAGUUCAGGAGGCGGGUGGGGAAUAAAUGCUCCGUUAAUGAUUCCAGGGCUUUGUUCGAGUUUCAAGAUCGACGGGGCAAGGCUGGGGACCCUUUGUACGUACUUUUGUGUUGUUGGGUAGCUGCAGUUGGAGCUGGAUUGCUCAAAUCCGAGGAGAUCUUGGAAGGAGUUGCCAGGCUUCGAGUUUCAAAUGAUAUUGAGUUUGAGGAGGAAAACUUUAUUGCUAUGAUGAGUAACUCUAAAGAGAGACGUGCAAAACUUAAAGCUCUGGCCCCAACUAUUCCAAUGGAAGUUCGAGCUGAAAAGGCUUUAGAAGCUAUAUAUGUUUGCUGUUUUGGGAGGGAUCUUAUCGAAAAAGAAGAUGAAGAAUUGUUAUCCGUCAUACUUUACGCCGUUUUUCCCACUGUUGGAAGGCCGGUGAUCGAUUCCAUUGUAAAAGAGAAAGCAAAGCGAGUUGCAGAUGGAACAGAUGCGUCGAGGCUCCUCCUGAUCCGGUAUGCGAUGAUUCUCACGGAUGCCACCUUGGUUCAAAGUUAA